AUGGCGGUAGAGGUGGUGCAGUUUUAUGUCAACGGUUCGAACUCCGCUGAAAGUUCCAGAGAAGAGCAGAAGCCUAGGGAGGUAAAAAGCAAAAGACGAGGAAAGUCGGCUGGAAGGGAGCUUAUUGGCGUUGGAUUUUCUCCCGAUCCCACAGCUGAACGUGAUCUAGACAAUGCUAGUCCCGAAACAGUUGACUUUUGCGGGAAAUUUAAGUGCCACUACUGUAUCUUCAUCUACUUGGCGUCCAACGAAGUAGACGAUGAGUUGUAUCCGUUCUUCUGCGCUGAAUGCGCUGAGAUGGUAAAAAAUGCGGAAUUAUGCGAAGAGGCACGGCAUCGUUUGAUGCAGUCUGAGGAGGUGCAGGGUUCGUUGAAGGAUCGUCGCUUGAAGGCUCUUGAGGCGCAAACUCAGUGCUCCGUAAGGCUAGGCAAACUGCACGGGCGAAGAUCCAUCAUUAAGGGUCUGCCACGGCGACGGCUCACAAUCUGCGGUCCCUCCUUUAGCCAUAUUUGUCAUGCGGUGCAGAUGAUGGAGCACAUGUUUCCGCGUAUUAUGCAAUAUGCCAUAUUCCCCUACCGCUUCCCCGUUGAGAGUGAUUUGCUAAAAUUCCAAUCAAAUCGCACUUUUGAUCAUCAUUCACACGAGGCUGCUCUUCGAUUCCCUGGCGCCUCCAGUCUGACUUCACAAGUCGAUGAUCACAGUAGUUGGCGCAAGUUCAUCUGUCCGAAAUAA